AUGGCCGAAUCUUCUCUUGAUGUUCUGCUGAAAGGCAGCUCCGGCCGGAACACGCGCGGUUUACUGCGAAUCAUUAUUCUCUUAACAAUCGCUGCCGCCGCCGUCGCCAGUCGUCUGUUCAGUGUCAUUCGUUUUGAGAGUAUUAUCCACGAAUUUGAUCCCUGGUUCAACUUCCGCGCAACCAAAUACCUCGUCGAAAAUGGCUUCUACAGUUUCUGGGAUUGGUUUGAUGACCGAACCUGGCACCCUCUGGGCCGUGUCACUGGUGGCACGUUGUACCCUGGUCUCAUGGUGACCAGUGGCGUUAUCUACCACAUCCUGCGCUUCCUCACUAUCCCCGUCGACAUUCGAAAUAUCUGUGUCUUGCUCGCCCCGGGCUUCUCGGGCCUAACGGCCCUGGCCAUGUACCUUUUGACCUGCGAGAUGUCCUCCUCGCCCUCUGCAGGCCUUCUGGCUGCAGCUUUCAUGGGUAUCACUCCCGGAUACAUCUCACGAUCCGUGGCUGGUAGCUACGACAAUGAGGCUAUUGCCAUCUUCCUGCUGGUCUUCACCUUCUUCCUAUGGAUCAAGGCCGUCAAGAAUGGCUCAAUCAUGUGGGGUGCGUUGACUGCGCUGUUCUACGGAUACAUGGUCUCUGCUUGGGGUGGAUAUGUCUUCAUCACUAACCUCAUUCCUCUCCACGUGUUCGUCCUGAUCUGCAUGGGCCGCUAUAGCACCCGCGUCUACAUCAGCUAUACCACUUGGUAUGCUCUUGGAACUCUGGGUAGUAUGCAGAUCCCCUUCGUGGGAUUCCUGCCCAUUCGCAACAGUGACCACAUGUCUGCGCUCGGUGUCUUUGGCCUGAUCCAGCUCGUGGCAUUUGCUGAAUUCAUUCGCGGCUAUCUGCCCGGAAAGCAGUUCCAGAAGCUGCUCACUUCCAUGGUCUUCCUGGUCUUUGGCCUCGGAUUUGGUGGUUUGGUCCUGCUUUCCAUCUCGGGUGUCAUUGCCCCAUGGAGCGGUCGUUUCUACUCCCUGUGGGACACUGGCUACGCCAAGAUCCAUAUUCCCAUUAUCGCAUCUGUUUCAGAGCAUCAGCCCACUGCCUGGCCGGCCUUCUUCUUUGACCUGAACUUCCUGAUCUGGCUCUUCCCUGCCGGUGUGUUCAUUUGCUUCCAGAAGCUGAAGGAUGAGCACGUGUUCGUGAUCAUCUACGCCGUUCUAUCCAGCUACUUCGCCGGUGUCAUGGUCCGUCUGAUGCUCACGCUCACUCCUAUUGUUUGUGUCGCGGCCGCCCUGGCUCUGUCGUCUAUUCUCGACAACUUCUUGGUUAUGUCGAAGCCCGACCCCGACGCUGUUGCCAAGGCAAGCGCCGAAGACUCCAAGUCUUUCCGCUCGUCUCGCAGCCCCAUCGUCGGCAUCUACUCGUACUUCUCGAAGACUGUCGUGACCUGCUCGAUGUCCCUUUACCUUCUUAUGUUUGUUGCGCACUGUACUUGGGUCACCUCGAACGCCUACUCCUCUCCUUCGGUCGUUCUUGCUAGCAAAAUGCCCGAUGGGAGCCAAUUCAUCAUCGACGAUUACCGUGAGGCGUACUACUGGCUUCGCCAGAACACGCCCCAUAAUGCUAAGAUCAUGUCCUGGUGGGAUUACGGCUACCAGAUUGGUGGUAUGGCUGACCGUCCUACCCUGGUCGACAACAACACGUGGAACAACACCCACAUCGCCACCGUUGGUAAGGCCAUGAGCUCCCGCGAGGAGGUCAGCUACCCUAUUCUGCGCCAACACGAUGUGGACUACGUCCUGGUUGUGUUUGGUGGUCUCCUCGGUUACUCUGGCGACGACCUGAACAAGUUCCUGUGGAUGGUCCGAAUCGCCGAGGGCAUCUGGCCCGAUGAGAUCAGCGAGCGUGAUUACUUCACUGCUCGAGGCGAAUACCGCGUGGACGAGGAGGCCACUCCUACCAUGAAAAACAGCUUGAUGUACAAAAUGUCUUACUACAACUACAACUCCCUCUUCCCCGCCGGCCAAGCCGUCGAUCGCGUUCGUGGCGUGAAGCUGCCGGCCGAGAGCCCGCAGCUCAAUACCCUUGAGGAAGCGUUCACUAGCGAGAACUGGAUCAUCCGCAUCUACAAGGUGAAAGAUCUAGACAACCUGGGCCGUGACCACAGCAACGCCGUCGCCUUCGACAAGGGCCUCAAGCGCAAGCGCGCUACCAAGAAGAAGGGUCCUCGCGUUCUGCGAACCGAGUAG